AUGUCAGAAAUCGAUCUAAAUAUAGAGGACGACUCCCUCUGUCAGACUUGCAGUUCAAAUAUAAAUCAAGGCAGCUGUACUCUGUUUCACGAAUGGUUAAAGAGUAUGUCUCUUGGCGACAAGCAUUCAUUGUUUUUGGUCAAGGGCAUCACUGAGAUCAGUCAUAUUGAGGACGUCAGUCGUGAAGAUGCAGGGGAUCUUGCAUUAACCGACAUUCAGUUUCGACGACUGCUUCGUGUGUAUACAAAUUACAAAGCAGAGCAAGCGAAGUGUUUGGAGAAAGAGAAAGCAAAGCCGAACCCCCCACAAUCAACGUACAGAGCAUCAAGUGCUUCGACGAUAGUUUCAUUGCCCAAGGGGAUGAAGAAUUUCCUUCACACCAAGGAUGGACAAGGUAACGUGGUUGUCAGUACCGAGUCGCUGAAAAGGAAGUUCAACAAUUUAUAUUUUGAACAACCUCUCAAUCCAAGUCAGAUUUUCAGCAACUCGUUUAUCCUGACUAUGGCCAGUGAUCGCUUUAAGCACUCAAAGACGCUAAGGGAAUGUGAACUUUGGUGCCGCAAAGAGCGGAAAACACGAAUACAGCUCUUAAUGUGCCUAGCUAAAAGUCCAACUAUUGAUGCAUCGUCUUGGACACCGUAUUAUUUGAGGUGCAGCGUCCAUGGUUUGCUAAAACAGAGCAGCCAACGGUACCCAGAGGUGGCAGUGUUAUUACAGCAAGAGUCAGAACCGAAAAAGGCCCUGUACGAUCCUCUGUGUAAAGCUAUGGAAAGCUGUCAAAAUGCCUUGGGACUUGCCCAGGAAAAGACGGCCUUGUGCAGAAAAGAAAUUGACAGUACCCUAAAAUGCAUUGGAGGUGGAGAAGAAGUCAUAAUUGAAGGUUUGUUCAAAAUCAGCACUGGUGUCAAGGUGUACUGUCAUCACCCGGCCAGGGGAUUAGGAAGCAAAGAAAAGUUGGGGGCACUUCAUCAUAUUAAAGGGCAUAUUUUUAGUAAAAUAUGGUGUUUUCCCCAUUAUUCUACAUUUAAUAAUAGAAAAAAGGGCACUUCCGGUAAAACUUGGUGGUUAUUUCUUUUCUGCUUCCAAAAGAAUGGCCUUUGAUAUUUGUAGAGAGAGGGUCUUAGGCCAAAAAAAAUAUGUGGUUUUCCGGUUUCCCGACCCUAUCUAGUUUUUGGACGCCGAAAUACCAACCCUAUAAAACUUUUUUUGGAUCAUGUCUUUAAGUGUUUCCGCUUAGACGAAGAAAUUUCCAGAAAUUGGAAAUUUUAGCCAAUAUUACAUAUUACAUAUAUAAUAUAUAAUAUAUAAUAUAUAUUAAAUAUAAAAAAGUUAAUAAAAAGUUAAACCGACCUACCCUACCUAAGUUUUUGCAAGAAAGAUUUUUUCAAAUUGUACAAAAUACCAUUUGAGAACUAAAAUAAGCAUGAGAUCAAUCUUCAUUGGAAUGUUUGUAUAUAAAAUGUCUAUAUGACCCAUGCAUGUUUAUUUAUUAAAACUAAUAUAUGUUUCACAGGUCUUAAAGUUCUUUACCAAUCUUCUGCCCCAACUCGAGGAACUGGUAAAGGAGUGCGAGAACAUUAUCAAAUGUCACCAAUCACUUAUAGAAAAGUACCGUAG